AAAUGUCCAAAGAUAUGUGGUUCAUUAUUAGCCCUGAUUAGACAAGUAGCUCGAGUGUGGCUGCCAAAACCGACCAAUCGGAAGCCGCAGUAGCCAUUCUAUUUCAAAGGUCAGCGGGUCUCGUGCACGACUACGUUUAACAGGAGCGGUGCGUAAAACCACUACUUGUUCCUUUCCUUGCGACAAAUUCACUAACCGGCGCUUCUCAUACGACAGAGCGCCAAAAAAAUCAGGCCAACGGUUGUCUCCACUCUGGACAGGUUAGCAAAUAGCGUUUUACCGAGAUCUUUAUCACGCUACUAAUUGACGAGGCUACCUUAUUUCCACGACGUGACAGCAAUCAAGUUGAAAAUCAAAUACCGAGACGGAGUGUUUGCGAAAUUCGACUCUGAAAUUUAAGCCCAAGUUAGCACGCGGACGGAAUUCUUUGUUGCUCGCUUCAAUCACGAACCAAGGAACCUUCUGUUGUUUGGUGACAUGUUGGAAGUGAUUCUUUAAACUGAAGCUGUUUAUAUGCUUAAGCGGUAAACUGCAGCGAAGAACUGUUUCGUAAUUAUUCUCGCGGUAACGACGUCUGCUCAGAGAUAUUUACGCUUUGGAUCAGAAGUUUCUUUGGAACGCGAGAAUUGUGGUGUACAUUUCACGUUUUGGAUUCCUUGCACAUGUUUGAUGUGCUUUUGGAUUGCUUUGUUGUGUAACUUCUCUUGAGAAAGUGAGCAGAAAACCCACGAUAUUAAUUGAGUAUUAUGACUUGCUGCAGUUGAAAACAAUGGCUUCCCCGAUUAAACGAAUCAUGAGCCUGCGGGAGUCGAGGAACUCGACAGUCUCUCCACACUCAUCACCCUCGACCUCGGCUUCGCAGGCUAAUCGAAAGCCGAAAUUUUUGAAGAUUCUGAGAAGGCAAUCUUUUAACGGGAGGAGAAAAAGCAAUGAUUCAAACAAUGAGCAGGAAAGAAAGGAAACCGAUGCACCGGCGAAGCCGGCCAAAACCUCAUCGCAAACACGCGAUUUGGAGACCUUUGAGCAAUAUUACAAAGAGCUCCGCAGUGCAGUUCAAUAUUUUAUUCUUGUUGUGGACAAGUUCAAAAGCAACAUGGAGAUCGUGAUGGCAAAGAUCCCCGAUAAUACUUCGAUCGUCCUGGAGUCAGUGAUUAACAUUGAUAAUAUGUUAGAUACAUGUCUUCGUUUGCAUUCCAACAACAUAGAUCUGAUCCCGCACAGAAAGCUCGUUCACGAGCGCAUCGCGGAACUUGUCCGUUGGACAGAUCAGCUUUUAGUGCGGGGUAACGUGAAGGGAAAUCUCGAAGAGGGCGUCGAUUUUGUCAAAGCGCUCGAUCAAAGUAUGAAAGAAUUUGCGGAUCUUGUUAUUCCACGACUUCGAAAGCGAGAGGUAAACGAUGAAAUCAGAAAUUCAAUUUUCAUGUUUGAAGGCAGUAGUGAAAGUAUCCAAGUUGGCGAAGAUGUAAAUUCUGAAAGCAGUAAUGGGCAAUGGUCCUCCAACAAAAGAGAUUCAGGUAUUAGUGAGGGAAGCCUCAGUGGAAUGGAUUCAUCUUCUAACAGGCCAUCACCCACUACUUCACGAGACUCAGGUCGUGGUUCCAUCAACUACAUCAUUGAUUCUGACUCAAACCAUAAUGGCUAUUUAAGCCCUCCAGAACCACCAGUGAGGGGACGUCACUCUUACAGACGUACAGCAAGUUACCAAAACCAAAUCAAUAGAGCUAAAGACUCUGACUGGUCACUCAGUCAAGCAAGUGAUUCAUCCAGCUAUCGAUCUCUUCCUCAGUCCCCUGUUAGCUUCAAUGAUGAAUUCACUGGGCAUGCUUACCUUUCUGCUUCCAGUUCCACCGGAGAGGAAGGGUCAUUUUUCUCUGCUGAUGAAGGUGAUCAUAUGACACCUUUUGAAGAACCAGACAGUCCCAUUAUUCAAGCCUCAUUUCUAGGAUAUAUUGAAAACCAUGAAAUAUCCACACCUAAGAGGAAGGCAUUCCAAGUUUACAUUGAACUUGUUGGAAAUUACACCCAGCCUUCCGACGGCAUUCUUAAGCGACCAUCAUCAGCAUAUGAAGGCUAUCAAGAAACUUUCAGGAGGAGCAUUACACAAAAUAAUUCUCCAAAUCACCACACUCCGACUGGACUAAAGAAAGACAUUUUUAUUUUCCGAAAUGUUGCUGAUACUGAGCGAUCUCAUUCAUUGCCAAUACUUCAAAGUCCAACUAAAGUGCCUUCAAAUUUCACCCAAGACUUGAAUAGGAACAUACAGACAGAAAUGACCAGGAAGAAGCUGCUCCCACUUGAAGAGGAGCGAAAACGUAAACAGAGUAACACAAGCAGCAGUUCAAGUAGUUUAAGUGGUACAGAAGAUGAAGAUCACAAUACUCCAGCGCUUGAUUGCUUGGAUGUUUCUAGAUUUCUUGUUUACCGUGAUGAUGAUGAUGGUCCAACACUUAUCGGUGGAGCAAUAGAUGCCCUGAUAGUCCAUGCCAGUGGCUCUACCAAGAGAGACUUGGUUUAUUACGAAGCGUUUCUUACCACAUACAGAACAUUCAUCUCUCCAAAGGAUCUGAUUAACAAGCUUCUGUACAGGGAAAGAAGGUUUCGAGAAAAAGGCUGUAAGAAAGCUAGCCAAAAUGCUUUCUUCUUGCUUUUGAGGGUUGUCGACGAGCUCACAGGAAAAGUUGAGAGAACCAUUUUAGAGCAGCUAAUGAAAGAAAUCUUUCGCCUUCUUGUGAAUGGACACAUUGUUCUCGGAAAGAUUCUGCGUGAAAAGAUGCUGCCUAAAUGUGAACAUUACUACAGGUCUCGUAGCCCUUCUUCAAUUAUUCACCCUGUCAUUCCAGAUCCAUCUCAGAACUACUCUGUCCUUGACUUCCAUGCUGAGGAGCUGGCCAAGCAGCUUACUUUGAUGGAUGCAAAGAACUUCCACAACAUAGAGAUUCCAGAAAUACUUUCUUGGGGUAAAGAGCAGAAGGAAGAACAUUCUCCAAACCUAUGCAUUUUCACUGAACAUUUCAACAAAGUUUCCUAUUGGUGCCGAACUCAUGUUCUGUCUUUUGAGAAACCACGAGAUCGAGAAAUGGCUUACUUGAAGUUCCUAAAGAUCAUGAAGCACCUUCGAAGGUUCAAUGACUUUAAUUCUUUCUUUGGAAUCCUCUCUGCUUUGGACUGUUCUGCAGUAAGACGAUUGAACUGGCCAAAGCAUUUGACAGAUGGCUUAGCUGAGUAUGCGACGUUGAUCGACAGCACCUCAUCAUUCAGAGCUUACCGUGAGGCCCUGGCUCUUGCAGAACCACCUUGCAUUCCUUAUCUUGGGCUUAUUCUUCAAGACGUGACCUUUGUUUACCAUGGCAAUGCAGAUGAGCUUCCUGACGGCAAGGUCAAUUUUGUGAAGAGGUGGCAGUUGUUUAAUAUUAUGGACAAUGUUCGCCGAUUUAAACUCAAUUCUUAUGACUUUGAGUGGAAUGAUCAAAUUGUGCAUUUGUUUGCCAGAAUGGACAAUUUCUUGUCAGAAGAGGACUUGUAUGACAGAUCACUGAGAUUAAAGCCCAGAGAGUAAGGAUAAUAAUUAUUGUCCUUAAGAUACUGAAUUAGAACUUUUUUGCUAUAUCAUUGGUUUGCUAUGGAGUGGUAUUUUGUAUUCCAGCAUUGCAUUUUUUUUUAAAUUUUAGUUCAGCACCAGCUUUCCUUGACUUGUGCGACUGAGGAACUUGCGCACCAAAGAUAUUUAUUCACAUUUUCUCUUGCAUUCUGUGACUUUGUAUAGUUAACAAAAAUAGGUUUUGGUAUGUUUACAGUAGUGUAACAUAUGCAAUGAAAGAAAAAGUUUUAGUAUUAACCUACCCUCCAUAGUUGGGCAGGGGGGUGGGGGUGCAUUUUUACCAAUUAAUAAGAGCUUGAUACUUCAUUAACAAACACGUGUAUGGCCGGAUUAUUUUUGUACCAAAGUAACUUCCUUGACUUCUCAUGGGUCACUGAUAAUACCUAUCAUAUAGGGAAAGUUGAGGUAGAGCAAAUCAUGCAUGUGGGUAUUUAAUUGAGAAAAAAUUUUAUAAGCUGUGUAUAUUCAUGCCAUCAAUCUUCGGCUUCGAAGGGUGGGCAUUAUUGGUAAAUAAUAACAAUGAUAUUCAUCUCUCUCUUUGUUGAACACCCUUACUGCUACAUUUGGCGUGGGUUAUAAGAGUCUGUAUAAAUUGAAUGACAGUGAAACCUGUAUUAAGUGGACUCCAUAGAAAGCAGAUGCCCUCUGUUAGGCUAAUACAUGCCAUUUUAAAAAUCUAAACUUUUCCUCUCGACAGCUCAUUGUAGCUGACAGUAACAAGGUCCCCUUGAUCCUUGCUUAAUUCAGGUUUUAUUGUGGCAAUAUUUCUUUGGUAUGCCUGGGACAAGGCCUUGAUGUGAUAGUUGUGUAUUCAUUGUAAAGUUUAUCCUCUGUAAUAUGGAAGUUAAGUGUCCCCACUACAAAAGUGUUUGUCUUAUUGAGGUAGAAAUUGUCUGAAAUUUUGUAUCAUUUUGGUCAGGUGAGCUGUCCAUGACAGACAGCUGUCCAUAAAGAGAGCUUUUAUAAUUAAAGUAAGUUGUUCCAAAGCUGGAUUUCUUAGCAGUAGCCUUGAUUACAAGAGGUCUUUUUUGGAAACAUUUCUUUUUGUCUAGACAAAUGAAGGCUUGUAGUCAAAGGCUGAUGUGAGAAAAAAUGCUCUGGCAGAGGCUACUUUUAUUGCAACAAAAGAAAAUGAUAAUUUUUUAUUGCAGAAAAUGCUAAUAUUAAGACAGUGUUAAUAUUUUAAAACCUGAGGUAGCAACUUUGAAACAUUGGCGCAAAAACAGGAAAAUAAAUAAAGAACCCUUCUUUUGUAGAUAAACCAAUUAACUUUCUUACAGUAACUAACAGCAUGAAGUUUUUACAUUGUACUUAAAAUGUUUUAUUACAGCUGCAUGACUGCUGUUGCUUUUAUAUACUUUCCAGUAAACACUAAAUGAAUGUAAUUUAUUUUUGUGUAAGUUAUGAAAUUUUGAGUGAAUGUAGGUUUAAAGAAGUAAUUUUUAAUUCAAAGAAAACAUAUUUUUGCAAAUAAAGUUGAAUAUUGUUAAUGUGGGUGAGUUUGGUUUUAAUGGAUCAUUUUGUGCCUAAUUUUUCUUUUUUAUGGGUGAAGAAAAUUGACUGUCUUGGAAUAUGAUUAUAGUUUAUGUAAGUCCAGUCCCUACAAGCUUAAACAGAUUUUCCCUUGGUGCAGGAAACAAGAUACAAAUCUUAUUUGUGAUCAAUUUUGUCUUCGUUUACAGACAUCCCUGUUGUUUUUGAAAUACAGCAAAUAAUUUCUUUGUAUAUUUUAAAAUGUAAUUUUAACAUACGAUUUUAACAUAUGAUUUGUGGGCGAAGGCUGAUGCAUAAAUAAAAUUAUUCUAAAAGUUCCAGGGCAUUGCCCUUCUACUUUUGGUCAAAAAAGUUUAAGUCUUAAGUUAAAGUGUCCUAUAUUUUUUGUACUUAAAUUUGGAAAAAUGUACAGUAAGAUAAAAGCAGUCCCCUUGGUAGUAAUUACUAUAUUGUCACUGUAGGGUUUCAUUUACAGACUUGGAAACGGAGGAAAAUAAAACAUAGCUAAAUAAUUUAUGUUAAAAUUACAAUAUUAGCCACAAUUUAAAUAUUUUAGUUUUCCAGCAUCUUGAUCAGCUAAGGACUCUUCAAAGUAUCAAAUCUCCAAUGCAAGUUUGUUUUUUACUACAAAAAAAAAUACAGUGACACAUACUCUGGUGUUAAAUUCUGUUACCGGAAACCAUUUGUAACAAUAGAAAUUUUUUUCUUCCUGUAAUCAUGAUCAAGGAUCUUAAAUAGGAUUUCUUAAGCACGCCAUUAGCAUAAACCAAAAAUAAUGUUUAUUGUUGUUUACGUUUGGUCAGAUCGCGAAAUAAGGUAAUCAAAGUGCGACAGAAAUGGAGUUUUUAAAAAAUUCACAUUUGCCGGUCUAGUUGACGUAGGUGGUUUGUUCUUAGUUAAGG